AAAAUCGGUAUUUUGUUGCCUAUCGAGUUUAGGAGCCAAUAAAUUAUAUCGUCUUCAAGCUCAUUUUGCCAUUUACCGAUAUUACGUUGUGAGAGUACUUUGUUGUUUAUAAUCCACCAUGAAUCCUAAUUAUACCAACGGUCUUCAGACUUCAUUCCCAUCACCAGCAGACUUGACUAUUGGCGAUGCCCCCUUUUAUUCCCCGUCCCACACUCGCGAGAGAAUAUGUCACACCAUUCUUUCGCAGCGUGGUUCCCAAACUCCGACCUAUUCUUAGUAUUUUUCCCUUUUACCAUGAAUUACUUUUUUAAGUCAUCAGCCCUAUUUCGAUGAUCCGGUCAAUUACCAAUACUCCCGACCUGGGACCAUUUCAUCCGUUCCUUACCAACGUAUUCUUCUUCUUUUAUUCCCCUCAACCACAGCUCUAUUCCCGCGGAACGACGAGUACCCCGCCUACCGCCCCGCCACCCCCCAUUUCCCCGCGUAUUCCCUCCAGCACGCUCCCUUCUCUCCCCCGCGGGACGAUUUUUCCCCGCGGCCAGGAUACGGUUACGCCACCGGCAGCCUAACCGACCGCGCCGCCAACCGCCCCGCGGUUCCUCUCUUCCCCGCGGGACGAGCCCCGCUGGAGCGAGCGCCGAAUUCGGUGAUGGAACCGCGGUUAACGCCGCUCUUCCUCGACGAUGAAACGCCCGGCGAGCCAGAAAACGCCCCGAUUUUGACCAUGACGAUGUGUCCCGCGGGAAUGAGCAGCGAAACGCGUCCCACGGAACUGGCUCUCCAGGAACUGCAACUCCCCGCGGAACGGGAUCCCCGCGAUUAUCCCCCGCCGCGUCCCGCGAUUUUCUGGGAGUACCGCGUGUCUCCGCGGUCGCGAUCCCCGCGGGGAUCGGUGUCUUCGGGGGGGAGCGAUUUGCCGCCAAAUCACGUGCGCAGUCUCUCGAUUUGGCGGGAAACGCCCUACGCCGCGCUGGUCGCCGACUACGACCGGCGCCAAAUCGGAGAAACCGGAGAAACCGGAGAAACCGAGGAGUCCUCCGAGGUGGUUCCUGCCAUCGGAGAAACCGUGGAAACCGUGGAACCGGGGUGGUUUGAUCCCCUGGAUCCCCUGGACCCCCUGGAUCCCCUGGACCCCCUCUCUUCGCAAUCGUGGAAACUGGAGAAACCGGUGAAACGGGGUCCGCUGCGUCCGCUGAAGGAGUGCGUGGAGGAGGCGGUGGAGCUGAAGCACCGCUGCCGGCUGCGCGCCGCGCGCGGGCGUUUCGUGGAGCUGGCGCUGGAGCGCCCCGCGGAAGUGCAGGUGUGGCUGGAGUUCGUGCGUUUCGAGAUGGAGUGCGGGGAGUUUCGGAACGCGGCGAGGGUGGUGGCCGCGGGACUGGCGCUGCACCCGGGGAGUCUGCCGCUGCUGCAGCGGAAAAUCCGCGUGGCGGAGCGGCUGCGCAGCGCGCGGGAGAUCGAGGCGGCGGCCGCGGAGCUGCGCGGCCAGGACACGCAGCGCGCGCUGAAGGCGAGUCUGGACGCGUACCGCGCGCUGGCAAGGCUGGGAGAGCUGGGCAAGGCCCGAGAAGGCUUCGAAGCGGCGCUGCAGCAUCCGAGGUUCGCGGCCGGGAACUUCGUGCUGGAGUGGCUGCAGUUCGAGACCCCGCGGGCGGCGUUCGGAGAGCAGGUGCAGUGCGCGCUGCGCGCGCUGGAGCAGUUCCCGAAGUACGGCCCGCUGUGGUUCGAGGUGCUGGAUCGGCUGGAACACGCGUGCUUGCUGCAGUGGGAGGCGGAGGGCUUCCGAGGACGCGUGGAGAGCCCGCUGUAUCUGAGCGUGGCGAAGAGGGUGGUGGAGGCGCUGACGCUGGACGUGCUGUGGAGGGCGUUCUUCUUUCGCAUGCAGUUCUUUGGGAGAUGCUUGAUGUGUCUGCAGAGAAACGUGAUGAGACAGGCCGCCCAUUUCUGUCCCGACAAUCUCAAAUGGCGGCUUUUCCUCGUUGCCGCGCGAUUUGCCGCGCUGCUCGGCGAUUUGGCCACGUGUCUCAGCAUGAUGAAGCGGGCGUUUCGCUACGCGGCCGAACGAAACGCCUACCAGGUUCUUUUAGAAUUCGCGAAGACGGUUUUUUUCGCGGGAAACGCUCCGCUUGCCGCGGGGAUUUUGCUCUGCGCGAUCGACCGUUUCCCUGAAGAGUGGAAACUUCGAUUGGAACUCGUCCACCAAUGCCUUUACCGCGGUUUAAUCCGUCCCGCGCGCUUCCUCAACGAGGCCGCCAUUUCCCGCCACCCAACCGCGGGACGCGUCUGGGCGACGUACAUCCAGCAGACCCACCAGGCGUUCGGUCCGUUCGCGGGACUGCGCGUGUUCCGGCGCGCGCUGCGAACCGUGGGGAAAUCGGGCGAAGUUUGGUGCGAGGGCGCACGACUUUUCCUGAACCCGUGCGGACGGCUGUUCUCCCCGCGGAACGCGGCGCAGUGCCUGCGGCUGGCGAUGUUCUUCACGCCGCAGUAUAGCGAUAGCUACGUCGAGGCGGUGCGGCUGCUGCUGGUGACCUCGGACGCGCUGCUCUGGUUCCACGAUUGCGCGUCGCGGCGCGCGCUGGAGGUGCUGCUGGCGGCGAGUCCCGCGGUGAAAGUGUUCGUGGAGCGCGCGGCGAUGGAGGGACCGAACUAUGGAGGAAACUGGUUCCGGUGCAAGGAGUUCGCGGAGGCGUCGGCGAUGGAAGUGCUGUAUCGAUGCGUGGCCAUGGUCGCCAGAGAGGUCGCGUGUGAGGCGGAAAUGUAUGUCGACGCGCUGCGGGGGUGUGCAGAGAGAGAGAAGCGGAAGAAGGAGAGGAAAGAGGCGAGGAGAGGCGAGGAGAAGGAGAAGGAAUGGGAGAAGAGGGCGCUGCGAGCGCGGUUCAGCAUGGCGCUGGGGCUCCAUUACUUGGAGAGCGCGGAACGACCCUGCCUGUUCGAUCGAAACAGCCAGUUUUUGUUUUCGGCCAGCCAGAUGGAGAACUGA